GCUCAAUUUCUUCGUUCUCAGCAUAUCUUGAUCAUAAAUCUCUAUAAUGUCUGCCGCCGCUCGAUUUAUCCGCCCCUUUGCCUCCCGCGCCCUUGCACAGAAGCUUCCUUUGAGCUCCGUCCGCAGGGUCUCGCCCGCAAUUGGUUUCCCGCGGGGAACAGUCCGCAGCUUUUCUCAGAGCACAUUCUUGCAAGUGAAGAAGUACACAGAGUCUCACGAAUGGAUUGAGCUCGCUGAUGACGGCAAGACUGCCAAAAUCGGAAUCACAGAAUACGCCGCCAAGUCCCUAGGUGAUGUCGUCUACGUUGAGCUCCCCGAGCCGGGCACUGAGGUUGGUGCCGGCGAGCCCGUUGGCGCCGUCGAGUCCGUCAAAUCUGCUUCAGACGUGCUCUCUCCCGUCUCUGGAACUGUGACGAAGGGCAACGAGGUCCUCAGUGACAAGGCCAAAUUCAUCAACGAGAGCCCGGAGGGUGAGGCAUGGAUUGCCGAGAUCGAAGUCAGCGAUGCCUCCGAGGUGGAUGGGCUGCUCGACCUUAAGGCUUACAAGGCCACUAUUGAUGAGGAGUAAACUGUCUUUGCCCACGGGAUUGUUAGACGUAUUAGUGGAAUGAAUCGAUCAGGCUUAGAAUUGGAUGGGAGCGAGCUGCUCUGAUCGUCCCU